AUGACCAAGACCUUUCUUAUAUGCAACACAGGGUCUCACGCUGCUAUCUUGGGAUUGAAAUGGUUGGAUUCUCAUAACCUGGAAAUUGAUUGGAAUAUGCGCGCCUUAACCUUCCCUCACACCCCACCGGAACAUGUGGCUAUUGCCAAGGAAGAGGAAGCAGACACAAACCCUCUUGAAGGAGUACACUCCAAAUACCACAAAUAUGCCAAGGUAUUUGGAGAAGAAGAAUUCAAUAAGCUCCCUCAGCACUGGCACUAUGAUAUUGGCAUUGAACUCACAGAAGAAGGACCCCUCAAUUCACCCCUCUACAGCAUGACAGAUGCCAAGUCCGCCACACUCAAGGACUGGCUCAGGGAUGAAUUGAAGGCUGGGAAGAUCCAACCCAGUAAAUCCUCUAUCAGCUCUCUGGUAAUGUUUGUACCAAAAAAGGAUGGUUCCCGCUGCUUGGUCAUUGACUAUUGUUGCCUCAACAACUGGACAAAGAAGAACAUUUACCCGCUACCCUGUCCAGAUGACCUCAUGGCCCAACUCCGUGGAGCCAAGGAAGGUGACAAAUGGAAAACUGCCUUCUGCACCAAGUAUGGCCUGUACAAAUCCCUAGUCAUGACAUUUGGCCUGACCAACACUCCCACUGCAUUCCAACACUUCAUGAACAAGUUGUUUAAGGACCUCCUGGAUGUAUGCAUCAUCAUUUACCUUGAUGACAUCCUAAUCUACUCAAAGGAUGACGCAACCCACACCCAGUAUGUUCAUGAAGUCCUACAACAACUAAUGGAGAACCAGCUAUUCUGCAAGGCCUCUAAAUGUACAUUCCAUUUGACAUCCAUGGAAAACCUUGGCAUCAUUGUCUCAGAUAAAGGUUUCAAUCUGGAUAAACUCAAAAUCCAGGCAGUGCAAGAAUGGCUGGUACCCACCAAAGUCAAAGAGGUCCAGUCCUUCCUGGGAUUGGCCAAUUUCCUACAAUGCUUUGUUGCCAACUUCAGCCACAUGGCACAACCCCUGCACAAUCUGGGACUAAAGGCUGCCAUCACUAACGCCCUGGUACUUUGCCACGCCAACCCAUCCAAACCUUAUUUCCUUGAGACAGAUGCAUCCAGUGCUGUGCUAGGGUCUAUACUUAGCCAACGUCAAGAGGAUGGCUGGUUACACCCAUUAGGAUUCCUAUUGGAGUCAUUCAAAGGAGCAGAGCAGAAUUACAAUACACAUGACAAAGAAUUGCUUGCAAUAAUCCACUCCUUUGAGUAUUGGCACAUUUUCUUGGAAGGAAUGGCUCAUCCAAUCACGGUUUUUACAUAUCAUUGGAAUUUGGAAUACUGGAAGGAAUCUAGAACCUUCAAUUGCUGUCAUGCACAAUGGCACCUCUUGCUAGCAGGCUACAACUUCCAGAUUGUAUAUUGCCCCAGCAAGCAAUCCAGUAAACCAGAUGCUCUCUCCUGCUGGUCCAACCAUGCCAACAUUCCCCCUGCCAAUCAAACCAUGCUGCCAGACCCUGUCUUUGCUAAUAUUGCUCUAGUAUUGCCAGAAAAGGAACUACAGUGCCAGAUUGAAUCAUCCCUUGACCAGGAUGAAUCUGUUAUGGAUAUGACAUUUCUUCUUUAA